ACACACAUGAAAUCCAUCCUCGCCUCUAAGAAUCGAAUUCCCGCCAGUGAAAAAUAAAAAAGUUUUUUCUUCUGCUCCGUGUCAAGGAGAAAGCACUUCCGGUGGGAGGGGCGUGUGUGAGUGUGUGAGGAAGGGCUUCCGGUUCAGGCGACGCUUCGGCUGGAGCUGCCCAAGAGAACAGCAUGUCGGUUUUCCGUUCAGGCCUACUUGUUCUAACAUCACCAUUGUCAGCACUUUCCCUACGGUUGGUGCCUAUUCUCACCUCUGCUGCCCGGCUAGUACAAGACACCCUCUAUAUUCACUUGCAGCCUGGCCUCAGCCUGACAGGCUCCACACAGCCCUGUUCCACGUAUGUCCCAGCUACAUCAGAGGUCUACACCCUUAUCAGCAAGUUGUAUGCUGAUGCUGGCAUCCAUCACCACCUCGACGUCCGGGUACUGCUGACCAACAUCCUCAACCAAGGAUCCACCCCGCCAGUGCUUGGAUCUGUGCAGAACCUCUCCCAGCCACCUGAAGUGGUACUCACUGACUUUGAAACUGGAGAUGGUGGGCAAUCUAACCCAGUCAAGCAGCGCCUGGAGCGCUACGCCACCAGCUGCUACAGCUGUCGCCCCAAUCUCAUCUCUGUUUUGUUGUAUCCGGAGUAUGAGCGAGGCAUCAGUGAUGGAGAACAGCUGCCACAGCAGGAGGCUGGUGUAACAGAUGAACCAUUGCAGAGCUACAGAGAUGUUGUUGUAGGAGGCACUUUUGAUAGACUCCACAAUGGCCACAAGUUACUUCUGAGUGUGAGCUGCAUGCUAGCAGAAAACCGGCUCCUGGUGGGCGUCUCUGACAAAGAUCUCCUGGAAAACAAGUUGCUGAAGGAGCUUAUCCUUCCCUAUGAGCAACGCGUGGCUGAGCUUAGUGAGUUUCUGGUGGAUAUCAAGCCCUCCUUGCGGUAUGAAAUUGUCCCGCUCUUUGACUUCUUUGGCCCAUCCAUCACAGACUCUGACUUGAAGUGCAUUGUAGUCAGCGAAGAGACCCUCAAGGGUGGCCUGGCAGUCAACAAGAAGAGAAUGGAGAAUGGCCUGGCUGAGCUGGCCAUCCAUACAGUUCAGCUGGCUAUUGACCCCUUGCAUGCCAAGAAUGAGGAAGAGAAGGUGAGCUCCUCUAGCUUGCGGAGCAGGCUGCUUGGGACUUUGUUACGGCCCCCCAGGAAAGAUUCAUCUCUUCCAUCCCAUCCUUACAUCAUUGGGCUGACAGGUGGAACUGGUAGUGGCAAGACCUCAAUUGCUCAACAUCUAGUUCGUCUUGGUGCCUUCCAUUUGGAUAUGGACCGCGUGGGACACAACAUCUAUGUUCCAGGAGGACCUGUGUAUGAGCAGGUGGUGCAGGCAUUUGGAGCAGAGAUUUUAAAUGAAGAUGGGACCAUCAACAGAAAGAUCUUGGGGGCCAAAGUGUUUGCAGAUGAGGAACAGUUGAAGCGGCUCAACAACAUCAUGUGGCCAGUGAUGGCUCAAAUGGCAAAAGAUAAGAUAAAUGAGGCAGCAGCACAGGGAAAGACUGUGUGUGUCUUAGAUGGUGCUGUGUUGUUGGAGGCGGGCUGGUCAGACUUGGUGCAUGAGGUCUGGACAACCAUCAUCCCUGAAGAUGAGGCCAUAAGACGUGUUGUAGCAAGAGAUGGUGUAAGUGAAGAAGCUGCCCGGUUGCGUCUGCAAAAGCAAAUGCCCAACAGUGAGCGUGUGAAACGAUCACACGUAGUUCUCAGCACAAUGUGGGAACCGGAGAUUACCCGUGAUCUGAUAGAAAAGGCUUGGGACCUGCUCCAGAAACGACUCAAGGACAAGUAGAUCUAUAACCUGAGAUGGGAUCACAUCUUCAUUCUCCUCCCUUGGUGCUGCUGAUCUGGAACACUGUACACUGGAUGGGUCCUAUGCUGAUGGGAGACCACAGAUCACGGGGGGUGGAGAUCAGGGGAAAGGGAGUUCAAGCUGUUUGAUUUUGUUGGGGAAAGGACAAAGCUGAGUUUCCUCUGCUUCCCCUUCCAUUGCAGAAGAUUGAGGGAGAAGCAUGGACAAAUCAGGGAUGCAGAGGUACCAGCUAUGCAGGAGGAGGAGCUGUCUCAGUACCUGAAACCAAUUAUGAUUGCAUGAUUUUGAUGGAUACCAAAGUUUCAGCAAUGCCAUUUACAUGCAAGGACACUCACAAGGAUGCAGAAGUGGGGACUGGCUCCUCAGCUUUAGCCCCCACUAUUCUGUGCUGUGUGCUUCGCAUAAGCUACCCAUAAAGACAAAAUCUCUGGACAGCUCCAUCUUUGUGUAGUCAUACUCAUUCUAUACACUUGUUGUCUUUAUUUACACUCUGGUGUGGUCCAUAGAGUGUCACAAGCAGGGUUGUUUUGUU